UACAAAUACAAAAUUAUGUCAGGGUAAGGAUAUUUUUGAAAGGAUGAAUUACCUGUACCAGGCAAGUUAUUUAAUGGCUUUGAAAAAUAGAGUAGCAGCAUCAUAUUAUGGAAACAUAAUGGUUGGUUGUGCAAAAAAAUCUGUUUUAAGAAUAGAACCUGAUAUUAAGAGAACAAUUUGUAAAUGUUGUCAAUCUCCUCUUAUACCUGGUGAAACUGCAAAAGUACGAUUAAUAUCAAAACCUAUAAAAAGUGUAAAAUGGACAUGUUUAACAUGUUUAAGUAUUAAAAAAUACCCUACAAAAAAAGGAUACAAAUUAUGGAUAGAACAACCUAAUUCGAUAGUCCAAAUUUUCAAUUAUGAAUCAAAAUUAUUAGAUGAUAAAUCUAAUAAGAAAGAAAAAAAUAGUUUAGAUGAAAAACAUAUGGAUAUUGAAAAGAAUUAAAUAUACACAGAUUUGAAUAUUUAUUUUCACAUGAUGUGAGAUGUGAUGAAUGUGUUGAUAUAUGAAUAUUUUUUUUUAUCAAUGACUUACAUAAAAUAUGUUACAAUAAAUUUAUAACCAAUAAACAGAUACUUUUACUAACUAUAAUAUUCGUAACCACCUAGUAAUAUUAUGAUACUGAUAUUAAUUUUACAUUAAAUGUUUAUAGACAUAACAUGAUCGUAGUUAAGUUAUUGUUUUUGAAUAUAUGAUAUACUGUAUGUUUAGAGCCGUUCGCAAUAAAUUUCAUAGACCCCAAUGCACAUAUGUUUCGUUGAGGACGGUUUAGAUGAUGAAAAACAGUGUGGUCUUCGCAGCGCGAAAUGAUUAUGUUUUUACAUAACAUUGAAAUUUGAUGCGAAUGUCUCCAUUUCACUAACUAUGAUAUGACUAUAUCCGCCCAUCGCCAAUGAGUUGUAAGAAAUCUCAAAUGCAAUUUAACUGUCACG